AUGGCUUUGGCUAAGAUCGGUCACGGUUUGAUCAACCGAAUAUUCCCAUCCGAGCAACCUUCCCCAGAAGGGAGGGCAGAGCAAGGCUACCCACCACACGAGGCCCAUGGACAUGGACACGGACGCGUCGAGUCUCCUCUUGGGGACACCAAAGAUCGUCGCAUGACAGUUAUGACGCUGGACCCCAGCGCCCUGAUCCCUCCCGAAGACAAGCUUCUCAUCUUCCGAACGCUGACUGGCAUCGACACGGUACCGGCUGUGAGUAACGCCGGGCACGCGGUGCGAUCGGCCGCCAACAUCGGCCUCUACACACGAGUGGUCCGCAACGAGCGGUUCGCCAAGAAAGGAUACCGAGUCUCGGCCGUGUCAAUCAACAGCUUCCUGGGUCUGCAGAUCAUCAUCGGAGCAGCCCUGACGGCGCUAGGAGCCGCCAAUGGAUCUUACAACGCCAUCAUGGGGCUUGGAGUCUUCAACACCAUCAUUGCAGGCCUGCUGGCGUACAUCAAGGGUUCCGGGAUGCCCAACAAGUUCAAGCGGAGCGAGUACGAGUGGCGCAAGGUGCGCGAGUAUAUCGAGCAGCGGGAGCGGGAGCUGUGUCUGGCGGACUCCGGCUUGGACGUGUACUAUGAGGUCAAGGUGGUGGAGGAGAUGUAUUACCGGGUGAGGGAGGAGCUGUUGGCGGGGAUCAAGGAGCCGGCGUACCGGCCGGCAGAGCAGGCAGAUGCCACAAGGCCGAAGAGUGAGCUUGGUAGGUCACAGUCGAUGCUGAGGAGGCAGUCGAUGGGCUCGGAGCCAUCCUAUGCUGCGCCUGGAGGUGGUAUCCAGCAACAUAAUAAUAGUAAUAGCAACAACAGUGCUGGGAUUGGUGGUGGUGGUGGCGGAGCGGCAGUCGGAGGAGCGCCUAUGGGGACUAUUGACGAGAAGCACUGA